GCUUCGUUGCCGUCCUGAGACCUGACCAGCUGGGACCAUGGGUUGCUGUCCCACGGACUGCUUCAACUGCUGUGGCGGCUGCCAACAAGACCAGUCCGGGGAAUGCUGUGAGAUGUGCUGCUGCCAGCCCAGCUGCUGUGGCUGCUGUGGGUCCAGCUGCUGCGGCGGCUCCGGCUGUGGUGGCUGUGGUGGCUGUGGUGGCUCCGGCUGUUGUGGCUCCGGCUGCGGUGGCUGCGGCGACUGCGGCGGCUGCGGAGGCUGCGGAGGCAGCUGCUGUGGCUCUGGCUGUGGGGGGUGCGGCUCCGGUUGCGGCGGGUCAGGUUGCUGUGGUGGGUCCGGGUGCUGUGGGUGCUGCUGUGGGCCAGUUUGUUGCCAACCAACACCUGUGUGUGACACGAAAUGAAGACAUCUGGAGGGAACCCAGAGGCCACAUCUUUAUUUGAAGAACUCAGAUGGAGAGACCCCCUUCCCCAUCCCACCUCCUGCCUAGGACGGCACUCAAUCCAAAGACAGUGUCCUCCCUCCCACUGUAGAGCCUGUCACGUGUCCAUUCAGAGAAGGAAUGCUAACAAAUAUCCAAUCCAGAGAUUCAAGGCAUUAGGGGGGAAAAAAAAAGACUUAUCUGGUGAGAAAUUUAAAAACAAAAACAAAAAUAAAACUAUUUCAAACGAGGACUCCAAAGAAAGAAAAAUAAGGGUUCUUUAUCAAGUCUUGCCUCUCAUGAACUUGUUCAAUAUCUUGUCAUUUCAGGACAUCCCUCUUUUCAAGGUGUCUUUGGGAUGUACUUCCUGUCUGUCCUCUCUGCUGCUUCUGAGAUGCAAACAGGCUUCUUUGCUAACCUUUUAAUAAAUUCAAGCAUU